GGGGCAUCACUCUUCCCUCGCCAUUCCCCCUGCCAUCCUAGAGGCACCCUCUCCAUUCCUGCUGGUGGGACUUGCUAAAGAGGUGAACUCACUGUCUUCCAUCUUCUGUGGAGGUGCCACUGACCCAGUGGAAACAUGUCGUUUAUAUUCUCAGAGCAGAGCUCCAGGGAACAGACCUCUCCUACACACUCUCCCCUAACACUUUGCUACUGUGCAAGGGGAUCUGUCACCUCUCUCUCGAAGUCCUGUCUCUGAGGGCAGCAGAGGGCGGGUGCGGGGUGUAGGAAGUGGAAGGUCAGAAGCCCGGCCUGCUUCCCCUCUGGCGCAUGUCUUUGACCCUUUGGACACAGGCCUGCCACUGGACCUUGUUUUUGUAAUCUGUGAAUUGUAGUCGGGCCACCUCAUGGCCUCCUAAGCCUUUCCUAAUUCUGUAAAAUAGGUGACCCCUUUUAGGAAGUCCCUGGCAUUAAGCCAGGAGUAUGGUAACUUGAGAAGCCCCAGGGUUUCAGUAGGACAACCCUUUUCCAUCAGGGGAAAGAAAACUCAGGUGUAAGCUUGGAAAAGCUUCCUGCCGGAGCAGCCCCUGCAGGAAAAGGGAUGCUCACCUAGUGCAUGCUGGGGUGUCCGUGGACAUGGCGCAGCCACCCCUUGCCUUGACCCUGACUUCCUUUCCCCCUUCCUGCGACCCAACUACGCCAGCCUCCCACAGGGCCCUUACAAAGACGAGUUAAAGUGACGAUGGUUCCCUAUUCCAGGUCAAGGCCAGUAUCUUCUGAGGACUUAGAAGAGAGUCCUCAACCUCAAGAGUUGUCCCCCCUAAAUAGAUCCCUGGCACCAUCCGUCACCCUUAGCCAGAUAUCUGACUUCCAAAAUGAGUCUCAGCUGUUCACGGAGCUACACCUGGCCAUAAUGGAGAAAAUAUUUGAGGACAACGUAAACUCGACUGGAGCCCUGGACAAGGUGGCUUUCAUUAAAGCCAUGAAGGGGAAUCUGAGCACUGUGUCAGAGAAGAUGCUAGAGGCGCUGUUUUUGAAGGUGGACAUACACUGUAAUGGCUUCAUCACCUGGUCGCACUGUGUGGAUUAUAUGAUGCGUGAGUUCCAGGGAAAGGAGCUGAUGAGGAAGAACCAGUACCACCUGCGCUUCCACCUGCCCAUGAGGAUCAUCCCCCUGAAUCAUGGGUGCGAGGUUGUGAAAGUGGAGUUUUUAAUCCAGCGGUUCAAGAAGAUUGGGAAUUUCCUGACUGUCACCAAGGACGGGAUCCUGCAGUUCUGGUCGGAGUCCUUCUCUCUGAUCAGCUCCUUUAGGCUUAACCAGAUCCAGCCGUUCCAAAACCAGCAGAUGUGGGUCAUCGACAUGGUGUGUCUCCACAACAUGAACCUAGUUGCGAUUGCAUCCACUGACCAGAAGAUAGAGUUCUUUGAUGUUAGUAAUCAUAAAUGUGUCCGGGCCUUCACCUUCAUUGACCUGGACAGCUGCGCCCUGGUUAUGGACUACUGGUCUGACUACCACAAAGGUGUGUUCUGCUUCGGAGACACCAAAGGCAACGUCAUCAUCUUCACCUCCAACAAUGUGGCCAAUGGGCUGUUCAACCCCCGAAUCCUCCCCAGGACCUCCAAGUGGGAUCAUUGGAUCAGUGUUUCCAUGAAGAAGCUCUUAAAUGAGGAGUCUCCUUUAUAUAGAAGUUACCAACUGAAGGCUCUCCAUCACAACUGGUGUCAACAGGUCAGGUUCAUUCCCCAUAUGAACCUGGUGGCCUCCUGUUCAGCCAUCAAAAAGUCCUCUCUGGUGCUGACAAUAUUGCCAUCCAAAGCCUCUGAGAACCCCAGGUUUUCGGUGCUGAAUUUAAGAAAAGGAAUUCUUUGCUUUGAUUACUGCCCAGAAAAGAACUUCCUGGUGACCGGUGGCUAUGACCCCCUCAUCCGCCUGUGGAACCCCUUCUUCUCGAAAAAGCCUGUGUGGCUGAUGAAGGGGCAUCAGACCUCGGUGACGCACAUCCUCGUGAACGGCAAGAACAGCAGCAUCCUCCUCAGCAUCUCCAAGGACAAGAAUAUCCGCGUGUGGGACUUGCAGGAAUGCAUAUGCCUCCAGUCCUUCUGUGGGAAGCUUUUUGCCCUGGGAAACUGCCCCAUCACUAGCGCCUACUUCCAGAUGAGCGACCACACCCUCAUCUGCAGCACCUACUCAAUUGGGAUCCUAAAAGGGUACAUGGAGACCGAGAGGCCUGGGGAACCUGGGGAGAAGACCACUACUUACAGCUUGCCCCUGUGUGCUGUCCUCUACAGCAAGAUUUUUAAGCAGGUGGUGAGCGGCCUUGUGAGUGGCAUGGUGAGUGUGUGGGAGAUCGUGACAGGCAAGAGGAUGAUGGAGUUCUCUGUGACUCGUGACCAGCAAGUGGAGCUUACUGCCAUGUCCCUGGAUGAGUCCGAGCGGUGCCUGCUCACGGGUUUGCGUGACGGAACCAUAAAGAUGUGGAACUACAGCACUGGCGAGUCCCUGCUGAGCUUUCCCAACCCGGACAAGCUGGAGAUUAGCGGGAUCAUCCAUAUGAAUAAAGUGUUCUAUGUGACCGGGUGGAAUAAGAGAAUCACUUGUUUCAUGUUCCACAAGACCAAGCCGGCGCUCUUGUGCCACCACUGGCAGACCUUCCACACGGAGGAUAUCCUGAGUGUGGCCAAGUACCAGAACCAGUUCCUCGGGACCGCCUCCUACAACGGGGACAUUCUCUUCUGGAACGUCAAUGUGUUCAAGCCCGUCCUCAAAUUCAACGCCUCUGAGAGCCCCUUACCCUUGCUGCCUAAGAAGGUACAAGCAGAGGACUGCUCGUUUGAAAGCCUCAGACCCAGCAAGGCCCGUGUGGAGCCAAAGAAAUGGGCACGCAAAACCUUCGUGCAGCCUCUGGGCCCCAGCACCAAGAUUGUGGCCAAUGCCAUCCUGAGGCAGAACCUAAUGUCAGCCCCGCCUGUGAUGAGACACCCCAGUGACCAGGAGCCAGAUGAGCCUGUGCCCCUGCAGAAGUAUUACAGCGCUGGCAGUCUCAAGCUGUUGAGAAUGUACUAUGGCAGACAGUCACUCCUCCAAGAGACGGAAAGGAAAAACGGAGAGCUGCAGAAGAAGCAGUUCCUGCAGUCUAACGCAUCGGUGGAGAAGAUUAUCUUCCUGCAGAGCAGGCCACGCCUGCCGCAGACGGCCGCCCUGCUGAGCAGCUGCAUCGACGGCCACAUCUAUGCCUGGUCCAUCCACGGGAACGGCGGCCUGCUGGGGAAGUUCCCCGUGGACUCCAAAGACCCCGGGGACGUGGUCGUGGGCGCCAUGGCCACUGACGAAAAUGACUGCAUCCUUGUCACAGGGGAUAGUAAAGGGCACAUCAAGAUCUGGGACAUUAAGGAUUACUGCGUAGUCACCAGCAGGUGGUCAUCUCAAUCCAGUGGAUCAAACAAGCUCCAGUUCUUAACUCCUAAACAGAGCGAGGUCAGCCACUCAUACAGCAUCCUCUUGGAGGAGAAAGAGGUCGUGGCUGGCAAGACCAUUUUCCUGGCUCCCCCCAAGCUUCUGAUGAGCUGGAAUGGCCAUUUGGAUAGUGUGGCAGACAUCCUGUAUGUGGACAGCUACCAGCUGGUGAUCAGCGCUGGCCAGGACCAGGAUGUCAAGGCUUGGAGACUCUCUGGCGAUGCCAUUGGUACAUUUGGCCUGAGUGUUUGGAACAGGCUGCAGGAUGCCCAGAUGCUUGGAGAUCAUGAGCUACAUCCAAGCUUAAGGAAAAAGAUUCCCUCCAUACACGCCUCCAGGAAGGCUCAUUCAGAGCUGCAGGAGGAGCGGGACCUUGCUGAGGCCCUGGUGUACCAGCGGCGGGAGCAGGUGGCACUCUUGGCCCUCCUGAAUGGGAAGGCAGACACAGAGGCCGAAGCCUGGGCCAAGCUGCAGAAGAUAACCCUGAUGUCCCCAUGGGCUGGAGAGCGCUCGCUAGAAGAUAUUGAGAACAGCUGGCACAAGUGGGAGUCCAAGGACAAGCAGGUGAGCAAAGUCCUGGGAGCAGCGUACAAGCCCAAGGAGCGGUCACGGAGUCCUGGACUCCUGUCCACCAAUGUGCAGUAUGGCUUGAUGAAGCACCAGAUCUCACCUCAGAUCUACCAAAGCCUGUACUUCAACGAGCUGGCACCCACCAACCAGCAUGACUUCAUGAUGCACAAGGUCCUGGACGAGCAGGGCUGGCUUAUCCUCCUGGAGGCCCAUAAUACCUCGAAGGACCUGCAGCCCGGCAGGCAGACGGCCACCAUGCCCCCUGCCAUCCCCUCCCCUGCCUCCGUGUUCUCCUUGUCAGCCUCGGGCUCUGGGCUCCAGGCCAGUAAGCUCACCCCCCCGGGGCUCCGGUCCUCCCUUUCCCUGCAGCGGCCCUAG